ACAAUACUACAUCCAUCACACAUAACUUUUACUGAUGACCUGACUUUCAUUCCGCGAGUGAGAUGGGGCACCGUAAUGGCUGCAUGAGCCCGAUGGAUAUGGGGAAGUUGACGAGGAAAUGUAUGCGGUCCUAGACGGGAUAGCAGCGGCCUACUGGAGGCCAAUAGAGCUCGAAACAUUUGGGAUGAUGAUGACCGAAGACGGCAAAAGUACAAUUGCAACUUGAACCUCGGCUCCCACUCUGAUGGCCUCAAGGCCGUAAUUUGCAUCCUUCAUCAUUUUAAUGUUUUGCACCUCAUUCUGGACACAGUCCAGCAGGGAUGACAAGCUAGCCAUUUUCGUAUUCACCGUUACUCUCUUCGCGUUUGUGGUCGAAAGCCAGCUCACACAAUAUAUUCAGACGACAUUGAACUAUAGACACCCCUUCUUGUUGUUCUGGAUUGUACACUCAUCUUUCGUGAUUUCCCUUCCUUGUCAUCUCCUCUACCUUAUCCUGGCAACGCCUCAUUCCUUCUCUGCCCUUUGGAAGGGCCUUGUUUUGGCAAAUACACAACAUCUCAAUGGUCCUGAACAUUGCUCUUCAAUCAACUCUCAGACAAAGUUUCCUGUGAACAAGUUUACCUACCUCAUGCUCACAUUAACUGCCGCAAUCACAAUGCCAGCCUUACUCUGGUUCGCUGCCAUUGAAAUGACUUCUGUGACGGAUGUCACCGCUAUCUGGAAUACCAACGCAUUUUUCGCGUACGUGUUUUCUGUCAAGAUCUUCGGUCUUAAAUGGGAAUCGCGAAAGUUGGGCGCAGUCGUACUUGCUACUUUGGGUGUCCUCGCCGUUGUAUAUGGCGGAAGUACUGUAUCAUCACCAUCGGAUACAGUUGAAGAAGCUGACCUGUCUUUUCCAAAGUCGACUGGUCCUUUGGUUGGUGAUAUACUGACCCUGAUAGCGUCGGUUGGUUAUGCAGGGUAUCAAGUCUAUUACAAGAAACAUGUUUCGCCUUCUUUCGUUCCGGAAUUCGCUGAAGACUAUCGACCACUAUCAGCGGCUGAAGGAGAUUCAGAGUCUGAUACAUUGCAUGCAACAUCCCACCUGAAUGAAUCUGAGCAAUCCAUAAAGGACAUUGAAACAGUCUACCCGCCGCCUUUCGGCCUGUAUUCCAACUUUUGGACAUCGGCGAUCGGGGCAUGUACAUUUGCUGUUCUUUGGAUCCCUCUUCCAAUUUUACAUUGGCUUGGAAUAGAAACAUUUUCGUUGCCUGAAAAUCUUACUACCGUCGGUGCUAUCGCGGGUAUUGCACUCACUGGUUCCCUUUUCAACGCUGGUUUCAUGAUAACACUCGCGUUGUGGGGUCCUAUUAUCACGUCUGUCGGAGGAUUGCUGACAAUUGUUCUUGUCUUCUUUUCGGAUAUUAUACUCGGGGCAACCGAGUCUUUGACGAUAUGGGGUGUAGCCGGCUCUGCUACCAUCGUCGUCGCGUUUGGUGUACUUGCCUAUGAUAUGUUCCAACAACGAUAAUUUGGUUAACGGCGCUCUGUUCCAGUUAGUAUGGUAACCUCCACUAAUCUUGAUGUAUCCAGUAUCUAAGUUUCGUCGAAUCAAUCUGUACUUUUGUUAUCGGCGUCUGUACUUGAUCGCCUCAGGAAU